GCUUAUCACUCUUCCCUCAUGGACCCCGACACCAAACUCAUUGGAAACAUGGCAUUGCUGCCUAUCAGGAGUCAGUUCAAAGGACCUGCCCCUAGAGAAACAAAAGAUACAGAUAUUGUGGAUGAAGCUAUCUAUUACUUCAAGGCCAAUGUCUUCUUCAAAAACUAUGAAAUUAAGAAUGAAGCUGAUAGGACCUUGAUAUAUAUAACUCUCUACAUUUCUGAGUGUCUAAAGAAACUCCAAAAGUGCAAUUCUAAAAGCCAAGGCGAGAAGGAAAUGUAUACAUUGGGGAUCACUAAUUUUCCCAUUCCUGGAGAGCCUGGUUUUCCACUUAAUGCAAUUUAUGCCAAACCUGCAAACAAACAGGAAGAUGAAGUGAUGAGGGCCUAUUUACAACAGCUGAGGCAAGAGACUGGACUGAGACUUUGUGAAAAAGUUUUUGACCCUCAGAAUGAUAAACCCAGCAAGUGGUGGACUUGCUUUGUGAAGAGACAAUUCAUGAACAAGAGUCUUUCAGGACCCGGACAGUAA